CACUUCGAAGUUUGAGAACCUUGAUGCAGAGCAUUAACACACAUUGAGAACUUUGAUGCAAAGGGUGGUGCGGCGUGCCUGGCUUCAGAACGGUUUUGCACAACCAAGACGAAAAGUCCUCCACUUGUGGUCCACUAAAGUCUUGAUGCUGGUGCCAGCCGCUAUGAAAGAUUUGAAUUGGUUGCAGUUCCAAGAUAACUUGCAACUGACUCUCCUUCAGCAUAUGAGGGAGGCGCAGGAGAUCUUCUGGUGGAAAGAGAAGCCCAGAAGCAGAGUCCAGGCAACCCAUCAGGCCCUGGAAUUGGCUUCAGGAUGUUUUGCAGCAAUUUCCACUUCGGCAUCUUCAGUGGUCAGCCUGGCACAUGACAAGCAUGGAACAUCCCUUGAGCUGGGGCCUGCUGAGCUCAGAGAAGCGGUGGAUCGACGAGCAGACGAUGGAGAGUCGAGGUCUGGCCCGGCCGAUGUGCCACCGCCCGCCUCCCAGUGCAUCGCUGAGGGCCUUGAGUUGGAAUCCACCAUCAUGGAGGAGAAAGAGGAGAAGGGGUUUGGGGACGAGGCGGCGGUGGGCCCCUUGCCCAGGUGGGAAACAUUGGAGAGCGGGGAUCAGGACGGCAAGUGGUGGCAGUCUCUGCCUCAGCCCCUGCCGUGGUUCCGCAGGCAAAACAGGGCCGGGGCCAUGUCGCGAACCAGGAAACUGAAGGAGGAGCUUCAGCGGCUUGUUGCGAGGCAGGAGCGGAAAAAGAAGAUGCACGUUGGCGUGGUGGUGGAGCACCUGCCGAGCGGGGAGCGCGUGUCCAUCAACGGCAGGGAGCCGUUCCCGCUCGCGAGUGUUGCCAAGGUUCCCAUCAUCAUCGCGGCCGCGCAGCAGCUGCAGGAGGCGGAGGCGGACCCCCGGGGGGUGCGCCUCACCACGCGGCUGCGCGUCACGGAGGACGUCAAGUGCAUCGGCUCGGGGGAGCUGCACGAGCGGCCGAGCGGCGAGACGGCCACGCUGGGCGAGUGCAUGGAGCUGGCGUGCGUGGUGAGCGACAACACGGCGGCGGACCUGGUCCUGCAGCAGGCGACGCUGGGCCGCGUGCGUGCGCUGCUGCGCGAGCAGGGCCUGCACCACACGGACCUCUGCCUCUCGCAGCGCCAGGCGUUCCUCAUCGCCAUGGGCAUGACGCCGUCGUUCAGGGACCUGUCGGCCACACAGAUCGCAAAACGAUGGGAGGCCAUGUCGGCGUCGCAGCGGGCAGCGAUCAUUGCGGAAGCGGACGCGGCCAACACGGCGCUGAGCGUGAAGUCGUUCCUGGGGGCGGAGCGGCUGGCCGAGGAGAACUACAAGGUGGGCGGGCGCAGCGCGCGGCGAGACUCGAUGGCGGUGGCGGCAGCGGUGGACAACACGGCAUCGCCGGAGGACAUGGCGCUGUUGCUGCGGCGGCUGGCGGAGGGCGCCCUGCUGCGGCCCAAGUGGACCCGCCACUGCAUGGGCAUCCUCUCGCGCCAGCAGUACGGCAAACGGCGGCUGCCGCGCGGGCUGCCCAGAGACACCCGGGUCUACCACAAAACGGGGACGAUCAUGGGGGUGUGCAACGACGUGGGCAUCAUUGAGGUGGGCAGCCCCGACAACCUGGUGGUCGUCGCGGCCAUGGUGUCGGGAAUACUCAAGAGCCAGUACGAUCGGGAGGCCGAGGCGGUGAUCGCGCAAGUGGGCAGGCUCGCAUACAAGGCGUACCGGCCCAGCCCAAUGAGGGAGGUGCACGCACGACCGCGCCACCUCAAGGCUGCUCCGGGCGAACAGAACCGGUAGUGUUAGCUGCUGCAACAGGUGCUAACCAGGUAUGCGGCUCGAAAAGUCUUCGAAGCACCUCGUCAAAGGAUGCUGCUCUUCUUCGCGCUUGUACAUAGUGUGGAAGCGAGGGGCAUCGUCUCGAGUAGGAGAACAGGCUGCAGUAACAGGUCUUGAAAUAGGGUAUAGGCACACAAUGGAUUCUGAGCUUCCAGCCCACAAGCGCCUCAGAAGGGCUGGAUAUGAAGAAGUGGUGACGAGUUGUAAGUCUUAGCUCGCCUGCACUGAUAGUAAGCAGGACUCGUCAAGCAAUGACCUAGAUUAAGUCAAUGAGCUAGUUUAUCCGAUGAGAAGGUCGGAAGCUUCCGCCCGCACUUCUGUGUAUGCUGGCUCUGUUGCUUGCAAUUCGCCAUAUACAGGUG